AUGGAGUCGAUCCGCCCAGCACUGGCAAAGAUCCGCCUGCCUGCACCACAGCGAGCCUACAGCCGGCCGCUGCUGUGCCAAUGUCUGCACACAUCGCCGGCGCGGGGCGCUACGCCUCUGCCUCACCCGUCAGUGCCCGGUCCACCACCUGAAACACCCCAGGCCCAACCUUCAGAUGCAGCGCAACGGGUUGCGAGAAAGAGGCGGCAGGCCGACAUGAUGAAGCAGGCGCGCGAGAUGCGCGAGUCCUACACCCCCUCCAACAAGCCAAAGAGCAUGCUGGCCAAGCGCUUCUGGAAAGACGUCUCGGUCAAGGAGACGGAUGGUGGCCUGCAGGUCUUCCUCGAUCACCGCCCCGUCCGAAUGCCCAACAAGCAGAUCCUCACCGUCCCCGCCUCCAAGCCCCAGCUCGCCGCUGCCAUUGCCCUCGAAUGGGACCUUCUCAUGAGCGCACAGCAGGCGCUCAAGAACGACUACAUCCCCAUGACCUCGCUGGCUGCGCGUGCCAUUGAUAUCGAGGCGGCAGACAAGGCGGGGCAGUCCAACAUCCGGAACGACAUCCUCGCCUACUUCAUGCGUGUGCUCGCUACCGAUACACUGCUCUGCUGGGCACCCGAAAAGGUUAUCAACGACACGCUGCAGGACGGAAAGACACUGCGCCAGAUCCAGGAAGAGGUGGCUACGGGCAUCAUUGCACAUCUCCAGACCCACGUGUUCCCUGGUGUCGAGAUCAAGCCCACGCUUGACCCCAACUCCAUCAUUCCCGUGGAGCAGCCCAAGAUGACGCAGGAAGUAAUUCGCGGGUGGUGUGCAGGUCUCCCCGCCUAUGAGCUUGCGGGGCUGGAGCGGGCAGUGCUGGCAUCCAAGAGCCUGCUCGUCAGCGCACGGCUGGUGCAUGAAUGGAGCGAGGCAUUUGCGCAAUCACGGCCAGCCGCUGAGGCUAGUCGAUUUGGCAUCAACGAAGCGGCCGAGGCAAGCAGUUUGGAGGUCAAGUGGCAGACGGUGCAGUGGGGUGAAGUAGAAGACACACACGACGUUCAAAGUGAGGAUCUGCGGCGACAACUAGGAAGUGCCAUUAUCUUAGUUAGUGGGAACGCGCACAAGCGCUCCAAGUCGGCCAGUGUGAAGAACCUCCUGUCCCGCGUGUCGUCAAAGCCCGACGGCGACACACCCGACCCUAGCGACAACUCUCCCCCAGGUUCAGCUACGUCGGCCACCUCACAGCACGCUGCCCAGAUCAAAGGAUACAACACGCCGGGACACGGCCGCAGUCUCUCCAAAAAGAACCCGCAUCUUUCCACUAGCAUGUCCGGUCCCGGUCCAAGCCAAGACGCACUCAGUCCCUCAUCUCCCGGCAUCCAGCAGACUCCUACAUCUCCCACAAAGGCAACCUCAAUCGAGCAGUCGGUGAAGCUGUUUAGAGUUUUUGAGUCGCUGCGAAAUGGCGACACGGCAGCUAUAUCCCGCGCAAUCCGGGAGCAAUCGAGCCCAGCCGAUGGCGAGAGCAGCCGGUCGUCGAUACAGCUCCCUAAUGCACGUACAGAGGGAACUUCAAUUCUGCACUUAGCUAUACAGUGCGCAGAGGUACCAGUAAUUGAAUUCGUCCUGUCAAAUGCUACUGCAUCGCCAGACUCACCCGUCGACAUCAACGGCCGCGACCGCGAUGGCAACACACCGCUCCACCUCGCUGCCAUACUUGGCCGCACUGCAGUUGUGCGGAUGCUACUUGAUCAACCUGGCAUCAACGACUCAGUAACCAACUACAACGGCCAAACCCCGUUAGAUCUCGCCCGUACGCCAGAUAUUUUCCAGGCCCUGCAGCUGUCGCGGUCCAUUUUCAUCGACACGUACGUAAAAAAGAUACAACAAAUGGUCAUAUCAGGGGACAUGGAUGCGCUCGAGAAGAUUCUCCAGGAUAACCGGGUAAAGAGCACUCUCGAUGUCAAUGGCGGCGAGCUAGCGACCGACCCGGUUGUCGUUGACGCUGGAGGCACGCUUCUGCAUGAAGCUGCAAAGAAAAAGGACGUCAAACUGGCUCAGCUGCUCUUAUUGAAUGGAGCCGACCCAUUUCGCCGCGAUCGCAAGGGUAAGCUUCCUCAGGAUUACACCAAGGAUGACCGUACCCGCGCAAUCUUGAAGCGAUCACCCGCUGCCGCAGCCGCACAAAGAGGAAUACAGGAGAAGACCAUUCUCGCCGGUGCACCACCAGGACAAGCAGCUGCAGAGGUUGGAAUGGGCGUCAAGGAGUCGCGCGAGAUGAAGGGGUACCUGAAGAAGUGGACAAAUUAUACGACUGGCUACAAAUUGCGUUGGUUCGUCCUUGAAGAUGGUGUGCUAAGCUACUACAAGCACCAAGAUGAUACGGGAUCUGCAUGCCGUGGUGCGAUUAACAUGCGCAUCGCCAAGCUGUACAUGGAUCCCCAAGACAAGCAGCGCUUUGAGAUUCAAGGCAAGUCGUCUGUAAAGUACCAUCUCAAGGCAAACCAUCAAGUCGAGGCCAAACGAUGGUAUUGGGCAUUGAACAACGCGAUCCAAUGGGCCAAGGACGAAGCGCGCGAAGAAGAAAAGCGGGCUACUCAGGACCAAGAGAUGCUCAAGCAGGCCAAGAUUGAGCAGAUCAAGGGUGAGGGUGACUCUUCCAGCCUUGGGAGCUCCAAGAUAGUCAGCAGCUCCAAGCAGCACCCAACCACAUCCAAUCUAAACAUUCCUUUAAACAACGUCGAUGCCACAUCUUCACGAACUGCGGUCAGUGUCACAGAAGACCCUGGUAGCGUCUAUGAGCCUAGCAUGCACAGCCAGGGUCUUGAUAGACUGGUCAGUCACAUGGGAACAGCGACUGUUGCCGGCGAUGAUGACGACGAAGACGAGUAUGGGGACGAUUCGAGCAGUCAUGAGAUGAAGCCGCAGAGCAAGGAUGCCUUCAACAUUACUGCGCAGUCCGCCAAGCUACAGCUUGAUUUGUUGACAUCUGUUUCUGCAGCACUGCAGACAGAAAAGGAACGAUCACCCAAUAUGCAGAUUUCUGACCCUAUGAUGCUGCAAGCGCUGGCCUCGUAUGAAUCAGCCAUUGGCAACCUCAAAGGACUCAUCGGAGAUCUUCUCAGAAUUUCCAGGGACCGUGAUGCUUACUGGCAAUACCGACUAGAUCGCGAAGCCAAUGUGCGUCGCAUGUGGGAAGAGAGCAUGGCCAAGGUCGCAAAGGAACAAGAAGAGCUUGAGAAUAGGAUAGGCGAGUCGGAGGAAAAGCGGCGAAAACAGAAAAAAGCACUUCGGGAAGCGUUGGAAGGCUUUGAGAAGAUUGAAGCUGGAACACAAGCAAAGCAAGACGAAGAUGAAUUCGCUGAUGCACAAGAAGACGGUGUGCAGGAAAAGGAGGCGACAGCGCCCGCAGGCGCAUCCACCCAAAAGCAGAAGAUUAAGAAAAAGUCCACCCUGGCAGACAUUGCAGCCCACAUUUCCGACUCUGAGUCUGAAGAUGACGAAGAGUUCUUCGAUGCAAUCGGUGCUGGCGAAGUCGAGGUUGUGGAGAUGCCCGCUCCCAGCGCUCCUAAAGAGGUGGAAAGCAGUGCCCCAGACUCUUCCGAAGAUCCAUUGGAGAGAAAGUCUAUGGAAAUCGCCACUGCGUGGGCAGGCUAUGAAGAUGGUCCACGAAAGCGACUGGCAAUGGACGCAGAUGACAGGCCGAAGAUUUCACUUUGGGGAAUUCUCAAGUCCAUGAUUGGCAAGGACAUGACCAAGAUGACGCUGCCGGUAUCCUUCAACGAGCCAACAUCACUACUCCAACGUGUGGCGGAGGAUAUGGAAUACACUGAUCUUCUCGACACGGCUGCCGAACGAUCAGACUCCACAGAACGACUGCUUUAUGUCGCUGCGUUUGCGGCUUCCGAAUAUGCCUCUACUAUUGGGCGUGUUGCUAAGCCUUUCAAUCCUCUCCUUGCUGAGACUUAUGAGUACGCCAGACCAGACAAGGGCUAUCGCUUCUUCAUUGAGCAGGUCAGCCAUCAUCCACCCAUUGGAGCUGCUUUUGCAGAGGCGAAGAAAUGGGAUUACUAUGGUGAGUCGGCGGUUAAGUCAAAGUUCUACGGCAAAUCCUUCGACAUCAAUCCACUGGGUACCUGGUUCCUGCGCCUGCGACCCACUGCAACAGGUGGAAAAGAGGAAAUGUACACGUGGAAGAAGGUCACAUCUACUGUCAUCGGUAUCAUUACCGGAAACCCCGUCAUCGAUAAUUACGGUCUCAUGGAAAUCACCAACUGGACUACCGGGGAGAAGUGCUUGCUGGAUUUCAAACCUCGUGGCUGGAAAGCUUCUUCAGCAUACCAGGUUGUCGGAAAAGUCAUGGAUGCAGAAGGCCGAGUGCGCUGGAGCAUCGGCGGGCGAUGGAAUGACAAGAUCUACGCUAGAUUCACCCCCGGCUUUGAGGAUGCAGACAUUGACAAGGGCGGUAAGCCGUCAAAACACGACGACAACAAGGCUUUCCUCGUUUGGCAGUGCCACGAGCGUCCAGCUGGUAUACCCUUCAAUCUUACUCCUUUUGUCGUGACGCUCAACGCCAUCAACGAUAAGUUGCGCCCAAUCAUUGCCCCAACAGACACGCGACUCCGGCCUGAUCAGCGCGCCAUGGAAGAUGGCGAGUACGACUUUGCGGCCACGGAAAAGAACCGCGUAGAAGAGAAGCAGCGUGCUACAAGGCGGCAGCGAGAGGCAGAGGGUAAAGAGUUCCAGCCCAGAUGGUUUACCAAGGGCACGUGCGAGAUUACCGGUGAGGAGUACUGGGUUUUUAACCACGAGUACUGGAAGAUCAGAGACCGUGUUGCAAAGGGUGAAACGUCAUGGGGUGAGGCCGGUUUGGAAGAUAUUUUUUAG